UGUUUGAACAAUAUCAACUAAUACGAUGAUAAAUAGUUAAUAAUGACGUAGAUAAACGUAUGUUACGUGAUAAAAUGAUUUAAGUAUUGUAAAUGUUGGUAGAAAUAUCGAGAUAGAGAAAGAGAGAUAGAUAGAUAACAGUGAGAGGGCAAAAGAGUUUUAUUCAGUUUUAUAUUUAUUAAGAGUCAAAUAUAUUCGCAGCAAAUACACACACACAAAUACAUGAGAACGAAAGAGAGAGAGAGAGAGAGAAAUUGAGAAUUGAUAUAAAAUAGCAGAGAGAGGGUAGAGAGCGAGAGAGAGAGAGGAAAAAAGGGAGAGGGAGAAGGUACAUCAGCGAUAGUAAGACGGGAAAAAGACACGGAGAGAUUUUUUUUUCAUAAAAAUAUAAAAAAAACUUGAAUAAAUAAAUAACUGACAAUUGUUAUUAAUAAUUUGAGGUUGUUUAUUAAUGUGAUAAUAAUAAUAAACGUGAAAAGUGUAUAUAUGUCGUUAAAUAAUUGAUAUUUAACGUGAAAAAGUUGAAAAAAAAAAAAAGUGCUACGGGCUACAGGGCCCAGGCCACACGGUAGCUAAUAUUCCCGCAUCGUUAAUUUUCAUUACAAAAAAAAAAAAAGAAAAAUAAUAUAAAUUAUUAUUAAUAAACAAUGAUUGUCAUCAAAUCAGUGCUUAAUAUUUGUAUCAAUGUGUCGUGAUUAAUAUCAUAUUAUUAUUAUUGUUAUUAUUAUUAUAUAGAUACAUAUAUUGUUAAAUAAAUAAUUAUUGUUGAUUUUUAUCAUUUUUUUUCUUUUUUUCGUUUUCUUCUCUCUUCAACAUAUACACACACAUACACAUACACAAGUAAGAAUUUUUUAAGUGCGCGUGUAUGUGUAACUCAACACAUUUAUUGAAAAAAUAAAAAAAAAAAAAAAAAAGAAAAAUUUAGUGUGUGUGAAUGUGUUAUGUAUAUAUAAUGUUUUAAUGGAAACUGACCAAGUAUUACAACAACUGGAACACCAAGUGAUUUGAUCAUAAAUUAAAUUGAUUGUUAGUUUAUAUUAAAUUAACAAAGAAGAUAUAAAUUAUUGCGGAUGACAAUAUCUAAUUUUUUGGAUAAUAUGAAUGGCGAUAUUGGGUACGUGUACAUGAAUGGAGACAUUGGAAAGCUCCAAACAGGGGCGGUUUACCCAGCCACCCCUGAAUCAUUGGGGAGUUCAGUUGUUGGUGGUACAGUUGUAUCAUCAAGUGGAUCAACAACAGUAGAUUACAGUGUCAUGAACGGUAAUUCAACAACACAUGAACUAAUGCUUGAUCCAAAUAUGGGUGGUAUUGAGCCUACAGCUCAGCAUAAUAUUGGCUUGGGUGGUGCUGUUGGUGUAACAUAUGCACCAGUUGAUGGUGCUGAUGGUAAUUCAAUGAAUAGUGAUACACCAUUAGCUAAUAUGCCACUUGAUCAACUUAAAUCAAUGCUCUCUUCACAACUUGAAUAUUAUUUCUCAAGAGAGAAUUUAGCUAAUGAUACAUAUUUAUUAUCACAAAUGGAUAAUGAUCAAUAUGUUCCAAUAUGGACAGUAGCAAAUUUUAAUCAAGUUAAAAAAUUAACAAAAGAUAUUAAAUUGAUAACAGAGGUGCUUCGUGAAUCACCAAAUGUACAAGUUGAUGAAGAAGGACAAAAAGUCAGACCAAAUCACAAACGUUGUAUAGUUAUAUUACGAGAAAUUCCAGAUAAUACACCACUGGAAGAAGUCAAAAAUUUAUUCUCAGGUGAAGGUUGCCCUAGACUAAUUUCAUGUGAGUUUGCUCACAAUAGCUCGUGGUACGUGACAUUUGAAUCUGAUGAAGAUGCCCAAAAAGCCUACAGAUUUUUACGUGAAGAAGUUAAAGAAUUUCAGGGCAACCCAAUAAUGGCUAGAAUAAAAGCAAAACCAAUGAACAGCAGGUUACCAAUACCAGCAGUUCCAGCAGUACCAGGUGUUAUGAAAAAUGGUUAUCGUACACCACCACCACCACCUCCACCAACUGUUUAUGAUCCAAGCAGUUAUCAACCUGGUCAACAACGUUUUCUAUAUACAAAUGGCACCACAAUGCCACAAACAACAAUGCAACCAUUUACAAAUCAAGUUCAUGUAUAUCAUCAACCGUUUUAUCCAUCAAUGAUGCAUUGGGGUCCAGCAAGUCCAGCUUAUUUUGAUAUGUCAACAGGUGUCUUUACGAUGAAUGGAUUGACGCCACACAACUCAUUUAAACCACAUCCAAGAAGUUUUAAUCAACGACAAAGUCGUAAACAACAUAGGAGUAGUUCUGAUCGUAAUGAUAGAUUUGUAAUAGAUGCAAAUUCAAAUACAUUGGUACUACAAAUGGGAGGAAGUAGUGGUAGUGGUAGUGGUCGCACAAAUCAUCAAUCUAAAAAUAACAAUAAUAAUUCUGGUGGACCAAGUGGAGCUAUAAAUAAUACAAAUAUUAAUAUAAAUAAUACAACUAGUAAUACUAUAUUACCAGUACAACAAAUGACAAACUCAACACUAUCAUCAUCAUCAUCAUCAUCAACAUCAACAGCAUCAUCAACAACAACAACAACAACCAAACAAGCCUCAACAAAUUAUCAAACAGGCACAAAAUAUCAUUCCUCACACAAUGUUGGUACAUCAACAUCAAUAACAACAUUACAACAACAAUCACAGCAUCAACAUCAACAACCACAUCAUCAUCAUCAUCACCAACAACAAUCACAACAACAAGCACCAAUUAGUGAGACAACAUCAUAUAAUACAAUUGUACAUGAUACAACAAAAAAAAAUUUACAAACGUCAUUAAUGUCACAUGAUAAUGAUAAUAAUACAAAUUUAAUUGAUAAUAAUCCAAUACAACAAUAUUCACGUCAUCGUAUUAAUCGCAGGACCAAAGAACAUGAUACUAUUGGACAAAUUAAGUCAUCAAAUAAUAACAAUCAUAAUAAUAAUAGUAAUAAUAAUAACAACAACAACAAUAAUAAUAAUAACAACAACAGUCAAAAUACAACAGCAACAACAACAUCAUCAUCAUCAUCAUCAUUAUUAUCAUCAAAUUCAUCACCUGGUAGUGUAAUAACAUCAUCAACAACAAUACCAACAACAACAAUAACAACAACAACAACGACAACGACAGCAGCAUCAACAGUUAAUACAGUAUCAAAUAUAACUGCUCAACAAUAUAGUAGUCGUAGUGCUGUACAAUUUGAUUUGGCUGCAUCAGCAUUUCCACCAUUACCUGGUGAUAAAGUUCAUAAUACACCAAGUAUUAUUGAACAACCAACAAGUGUAGAUUGUCAAGUAUUACAAUCAUCAACAAAUAGAUUAUCUGAUGUUGUUAAAGGCACAGCUAAGCUUAAAGGAACAAAGGAUAAUAAAGAUACAUCAUCAUCAUCUUCUUCCUCGUCAUCUUCAACAACUUGUAUUGGACAACAACAAGUAACAAGUAGAUCAACAAGUCCUGGUAAUAUUGUUGUUGCCGCUUCGACUGUUGCUCCUGCUGCUGCUGCUGUUAGUACAACUACCACUACUACUGCUGCUACUGCUACUGCUACUGCUACUGCUGCUAGUAUUGUUAGUGGUGGUGCUAUUUCUUUUGUUGCUGCUGUUGGUGGUGGUGGUGUUUCUUCAUCAUCAUCAUCAUCAUCAUCAACAACUAUAUUAAGUGAACAUAAUACAAUUGGAAAUACGAGUGUUGUUUCAACUGGUGGUGCAAUAUUGAGCACAAAAUCAAAUGAUACAACAGAUCAUGCUCUUGGCACCCUCACUCCCCCGUCAUCUCCUAAUAAGUUUAGUCCUAUUUUAUUGAAAUCCAACGAUGACAGAUCUAUAAAGACUGAUGACACGAGCAGCAGCAGCAUGGUCAACGGAGUCGAUGAGGCAACAAGUACAAAUGAUGGACUUGAUGACAACCCAACGAUAGCCAGAUGUGAUUGUGAUAAAAAUUCAACAGUUCAAAACCCACAAUCACAUGGUGGUGGAGCAGCCUCAACCUUCCCUUCGGACCUCAAUCGACCAAGCUAUGCCCAAGUAGCUCAACAUUGUCGUGAAUCAAAUUGUACAAAACACAAAACACUUGAUAAGGAUGCUAAUGAAUAAUAUGACAAGUUAUAUGUAAGUAAUUAUAAUUUCAAAGUGAAGCAACUUUUAUUUUUUUGUUAAUUCAAAAAAGUUUGCUUUGUCAAAGCUGUCGGUUUUAUAUAUUAUUAAUAAUCAUUGAUACAUUUGUGCUUCAAAUGAUUAUAUUAUUAUUAUUUUUUUUUUUAAAUUUAAUUAUUCUAUUGCAGUCACAAAAAAACAUAUAUACUGCAUCGAAUAAUUAUAAGACAGUUUAUUAUUAGACAACUGUUCCUCAACUUUCGACUGCAAAUUAAUUUCAGUGUCCUAAACAAAUAAAAAACAAAAAAAAAUAUUAUUAUUAUUGAAAUAAAUUAAGUAUAAUGGUGCGCAGUGGAAAUGAAAAGUUUUAAUUUAAAAAAAAAUAAUAAUUUCUACAAUGUACAGUGAUUUUGCCUACACGGGAUGUGGUACCAAUUAUUAAACAACGGAUUCUAAACAAAGAAUAAAUAUGUUAUGUUUAAAAAGUGAAAAAACAAAAUAAUAAUAAUAAUAAUAAUAAUAAUGACAAAUGAUACAUAAUAAAUGAGUGACACGAUUAUUCUUUUCAAAAUAUAAAUAUAAUAAUUGUAAUAAUUGCAGGACGCACUAGUGACAAUGAAAAUUAAAUAAAUAAAUAAUAAUAAUAAUAAUAAUAAAUUUAAUAUAAGUAUUGCGUAUAUAUAUAUAUAUAUGAAAAAAAAAUUAAAAAAAAGAAUUAAAUUAAGUUGACAAAAAAAUAGUAAUAAUUAAGUUGAAAAGAAAAGAAUAUUUGUUGUUGCUUUGGUUCUGUGAUUUUUGAAAGGUACACACAUUUGUUAGUUUGUGAUGAAAAGAAAGAAAAAAAAAAUAUGUUCAACGAUAGUGUUAGUUUUUUUUUUUUUUUUUUUUCUAAAUAUAAUUUUUCUUAUAUCUUGUAGCCGAUAAUUGCAUUGCGCAGGGCCGUAACAGUGAAUUUAAAAUUGAAAAAUAAUAAGCAAAUUGUUUAAUCAUAUAUUUUUAAAAUAAAAAAAAAAGACAAAUAUUGUAUGUAAAAAUUGCUGAUUGAUUAAUGUCAAAAAAAUAAUUCAAACGACGAACCAAUUUAAAGAAAAAAUAUCUUACAAAGUGCUUUUACGUAUGUUUGAAGUCAAAAUAUUAUAAAGCUGAUCAUGGAGUAAUUUUUUUUUUUUGGCAACAAUACUUUAACAGCUUUUUCUUUUUAAUAUUUAAAAUAAUUUCAUGAAAAUAUUAAGCCCCAAGCUGUUUGUUUGAAUUUUUAGAAAAUUAAACAAUACACAAAGAAACAAAAAUACAAAAAAAAUGAUCAUAGAUUGAUACAAUAAUUAUUAAAGAUGAUGAAAAUUGUUUUUAGCUUGUGCCAAAAUCCUUAAUAGACUACAUACAACACGAGUUAAAUGUAACAAAUGCAACGAACUUGUAAAUUAAAAAAUUGUGUGUUGUUUUAAUAUUUUUUUUUUAUUUUUUCUUUAUAUUAAUUAUUAUUAUUAUUAUUAUUUUUUAUGUGUGCUAUUAAUUAAUUAAUAAGUUGAAAAAUUCAAAUCCAAGACCAAUCAAUCAAAAUCCAGACAAAGUUUAAACUUAAUUUUAUCUUUUAUAAAAAAAAAAAAUUCAAAAUUAGUUAAAAUUUAAUUUAAUGGCUAUUUCGUGUGUUGGAGGAAAAUUGAAAGAACAGUAGCAUCAAAAUUUCUAAGAAAAAUGGCUUCCAUAAUUAUAACUUUAAAUGGCACUGGUCUGCUUUUUUUUUUUUUUUUUUUUUUCAAUUUCUCACAUUGUUUUUGUUUUUUUUGUUUUUUUUUUUAAUUUAGCUGAUAAAAUUGUUGUCUAAUGAUGAAGUAACGAUAAAAAUUUAGAAUUAUGCUUUGGCGACGUAACUCUAAGUAAAUAAUAAUAAUAAUUUAAAAAAAAUUAAUGCAAAAAGUAAAAAAUGGAAAAAAAAAACAAUAAAAUAUUAAAAUUUAUAAAAAAAAAUCAUUAAGAUUAUAAUAAAAAGAAUAAAAAAUGAAAAAAAAAAAAAAUUGAUGGUAUUUGAGGGCAGAGUUAAGUGCCUCAAGUGUUUAUGUAUAUUACAGGAGCUUGGCUUUAGAUGUUAUACGAUUAAAUGUAAAACUAAUUAUUAAAAAAAAAAAAUAGUUAACGAAAAAAAAAGUAAAAUGAUAAUAUUAAUUAAAAUAAUAUAAAUAUAGCACGCAUAUGAUAUAUUUGUUACUGAUAUGCGUACAGAAUUGAAUGCCCUAAACAACCAUUAACAAAAAAUAGCUAACUAUAAAUAAAUGAUGGAGAAAAAUAUUAUUUAAAAACAUUAAAUUUUUCUCGAAACACAAACACAAAAUAUAAUUGUAUAGAAAAUUUUUAAUUAAGUUUAACAUGCUUGCUAUUAAUUUUUCAUUUUUUUUUUUUUUGGUUGUUUUGUUUUAUUUUUUGUGCGAGAAUUUGCGAUUUUUAUUACAAAAAAAUUUACAUGUAAUUAUUUAUAAUAUUUUGCUAGUUAAUCUUGUUUUUUUUAAUUUUUUUUUUCAUUGUAAUUUUGUUUAAUCUCGUUGGUGCUAUGUGCACUGAUGCUCAGCUCAAAAAUCUGUAAAUCUUAUACUUUUUAUCAAUUUCGUUUAUCAAAUUGAGAGAGAGAAAAAAAAAAGUUGAUAAUUUAUUAUUCGUCAUCUUUGUCUUCUAGCUUUUUAUAUAUAUACAAAAAUAAUAAAUAAAAAAAAAAAAGCUGAAUUCAUUUGUACAUGCUAACAUCACUCAUGUAUAUAUUAAAAUUAAGAAAAAGUAAAUAAAUAGAUAAAUAAUAUUAACGAUAAAGAAAAAUAAUAAAAUCAUAAAAACAUUGUUGUGAAAAAUGUAAAAUACAAAUUUAUAACACUUUUUUUUAUUGGUAAAAAAAAGAAAUGAAAAUUUAAAAAAUAACAAACCUGAGCUGGACAAAUUUUUUAAGUGUGCGAUAUUAUUGAUUAUAUUUAUAUUAUUAAUUAAUUCUUUUUUUUUUAUUAUUUGUCUGCUUUUGUCAAUUUGUAAAUUUUAUCGUUGAUUUAACCGAUUUUUUAAAAUUGGUAACUAAUUAUUAUUAUCAUCAUGAUGUCUAAAACAAAUGAGCCAUUAAAAGAAGCAAUGCGCAUUUCUUGGGUUUAUCAAUAAAGAAAAAAAGUUACCGAAUUAUAAAACAAACAUUAAUAUCAAUAUGUAGCAAAUGAAAAUUUAUUAUUAAUGGAGAAAAUUGUGUAAUAAUUUAAAAAAAGUAUCCAAUGGCAUUUUCAACUAAAUAAAUGCCUGAUUGUUUCUUCUCAGUGGUGUAAAGUUCAGAUAUAUAUGUAUUAUAUGUGUAAACUCUAUAUCUAAUAUCAAUUUAUUUAUUAAAAUUCUUCUUGUUUUUUGAAAAGAGAAAAUUUAAAAAAAAUUUAAAUAAAGGUAAAUAUAUUAAUAUGCCUGAACUUUGCUCGAUGAUUGAUGAUCAAGCAAAUUUAGUAGCAAAAAAAAUUGUGUGCGAUUAAAAAUUAGAAAAAAAAAUAUUUUUGGUUAAAAGAUAAAUAAUAAUAACUGGUAAUUUUAAAUGCUUGAUUAAAUGGUUGAAACGAAGAAAAUAAUCGCCUUGGAUCUGCUAAUGAUUAAAAUAAUAAUUGUAUCCAAAUAAUAAAUAACUCAUCAAAGUUAUAAAUGUAUAAUAAUUAUAAACGGUUAAUCAAUGAUUUAUAAAUACAAAUUUUCAAAAGUGUAUAUACACUUUGCGUAAUAAUAAAAUGUUGAGCGCAAAAAUAAAAUCUUAAAUCUAAGUAGCCAUAAAUAAUUAUUAUAUAUUAAAAAAAACAAAUAACAAAAGUAACACAAUGCUUAAAGAAAUAUCUAAAAUAAAAAAUAUAAAAUAAUACAAAAACAAGAGAAUUAACCGUUGAUUGAUAAAUGAUAAUAAUAAAUAUUAAUCAUAUUUUAUGAGAAUCCAGAACUCAAAAUAAUGAUAAUAAUUGUUAAUUAAAAAUAAUAAUUUCUGGUGGCUGGUAACACGUGGAUCAUGGAUCAGUAUAAACUGUGAUUUAUAAAUUGAAAAUUGAACAAAAAAAAAAAGAAACACAUUAAACAAAAAAUAAAAUCACAAACUCGGUUUCAUGGGCCGCGGGUCUAGAAAGUCUGAUUUUUUAAUUAAUUAAAAAUAAAUAUAAAUUUAAAGAAAAAAAUAAACAAGGGAUAAUGUGUAUUAUAAAUAUAUAAUCUAAAAAUUAAAAAAAAAAGAAAUAUUUGUUUGAUUACAAUAUGUAAAGUAUGCCGAUUCAAAAAUAAUAUUAUUAAUUAUUGUUAUUUAAUAUUAAAAGAAUUUUUUUUUUUCUAUUUCAUAAUUUGUUUUUCUAUUUUAUUUUAAAUUAUUAUCAUUGAAAAAGAAAACUAAAAAAUAAAUAAACGGCCUAGUGAGAAUUAAUAACAUGGCAAUUGAUUAUAAAAAAAAAAAAAGGAAAACUGCCGUUUAAAAAAUAAUUUCAAUACACGUGAGACUGACAUAAAUUUUGUUUUCUUUUUAAAAAUUACAUCACAAAUUACAACAAUAUUAUUCAAUUAAAAAAAAAAAACAAAAAACCAAUCAAUUAUUAGUUUAUUAUUUAAUUCAAACAUCUCACAUAAUAAUAAUUAUAUUAUGAUAAAAAAAAAAAAUCAAUUUAACGUUUGAGGAGUUUUAAUAAUAUGUCACAAAGUAAAACAAACAAAAAAUAAAUAAAAAAAAAAUGUCAGGUAUUAAUUUGAGGAUAAUGAGUUUAUUGAAACGUUGGAUAAUAAUAAAUAAUAAAUAAAUAAUAAUAACAAUACAAAUAAUCACAAUUAUUAAAAUUAUCAAAUAGAAAAAUAAAAUUAAAAAAAAAUAAAAUAUUUCACACUUAUUAAUAUAGCUUCUUUUGCUCCUCAAAUUUGUGAUAAUUUUUGUAUAAAAAAAAAGAAAAAAAAAAAAAAGUUAAAAAGGUUUUUUAGCUGUGCAUAAUUAUUUGUGUCAAAAAUUAUUGAAAAAAAAUAAAAUAAUAAUAAUAAUGAUGAUAAACAAAUAGCAUGGCAAUGAAUGUUUAUUGUUAUAAUUUUAUCUCAAAUUGUAGGCCAGAUGUCGCAUGUCUGUACGUCUACUAUCAUUCCGUGCCUUUUUGUGUAUAUGUGGCUGAAUUAUAACACUAUUUCUGAAAAAAAAAUCCUCCUAAGAAAAAUUAAGAAAAAAUAAAUGAAAAUGUUAUUAAAGAUUUAAAAAAUAAAAGUAAAAAGAAAAUGAUGAUAACGAUAAUGAUGAUGAUAAUGAAAAAUAAAUUAAAAAAACUAAUAAUAUUAAUAAUAUUAAUAAUAAUAACAACAUUAAAAAUAAUAAUAAUAAUGAUAAUGAUAACGAGUGUUUUCUCUGUUUAAUUUUGUUAAAUAAUAUGUGGUGAAUAAAUAUAUAAUUUAGUAAAUUUAUUUAGAGGCAGCAUCAGGUCCAAAAUGAUUGCCGCAUAUCACACAGUCCACGAUAAACAAAUAAAUAAAUGAAUAAUUAGACUUCCUAAUCAAUGGCUGAAAAAAAAUAUAAAACAAUAAAACAAUAAAAAAAUAAUAUAUAGUUUGAAAACAGUACAUGUAUUUUAAUUAGAUUUGGUAAUAGUUACCAAGUUUUUUUAUUCAACAUAAUAAUGCAACACUGAGUAAAGUUUAAAAUUUAAAAAAAUGAAAAAGUUUCACCGCCCGUGAGAGUAGAAAUAUUUUUAUAGAUUUGUUUCAAUUAAUUGAAUGUAUUACAUGAAACACAAAGAAGAAAGAAAUGAUACGAUUGUACGAAUGUCAACGUGAAUAAAUAGCAAAAGAAAAAAAUAAAAAAAAAAAAUAUAUAAAUUAAUAAUUGAUAAA